GCAAAGGUGUUUUAUAAUCUAGGUCGAAUAAUAAAAUAUUUAUUAAAUUUAGAUACCCUACUUUACCUGUGACAGGGGAAAAGAAAAGUUAAAACUACAAAGUGUGGGAAGUGAACUCAGCUCUGCCACUGACGCAUGCGUAUUAGGUCAGUUAGCGAAACAGCUUUUCAUAAGUUUCUAGUCAAUAUCUGUCAUAGUUUAUGGCAUUGUAUUUGUAUCUGUAUUUGAUAUACGUGAAAUUAAAAGAGCCAGAGAUUAAGUUGUCAUGGCGCAAGAAAAACUUCGGAAAGAAGAAACUCUUGCAAUGAGGAAUAGGCUAAUCGGACAGUCAUGUAGACUGUUUUAUUCAGAAGACCCAGUGAAAAUAGUAAGAGCACGAGGACAGUAUCUAUUUGACGAAAAUGGCAAACGCUAUUUGGACUGUAUCAGUAACGUCCAACAUGUGGGUCAUUGUCACCCCGCCAUCACAAAGGCUGCAGCAGCUCAAAUGGACGUCCUGAACACAAAUUCAAGAUUCCUGCAUGACAACAUAGUCCUGUAUGCUGACCGCUUGGCUGCUACCCUCCCCCAGAAACUGUGUGUCUUCUACUUUGUUAACUCUGGUUCAGAGGCCAACGAUCUUGCCUUACGCUUGGCACGUCAGUACACCCAACAUGAAGAUGUCGUAGUUCUUGACCAUGCAUACCAUGGGCAUCUAAUGUCUCUCAUCGACAUUAGCCCUUACAAGUUCCGGAAACUGGGGGGACAGAAAGAAUGGGUUCAUGUGGCACCUCUACCAGACACAUACAGAGGCAUAUACAGAGAAGAUCACCCCAACCCAGGCCAAGCAUAUGCUGAUACAGUAAAAGACCUUAUAGAGGAUGUUCACAAAAAAGGCCGUAAGAUCUCAGCCUUCUUUGCUGAAUCCCUGCCUAGUGUUGGUGGACAAAUAAUCUUGCCCCAAGGAUACUUUCCUAAAGUUGCAGAAUAUGUGCGCUCAGCUGGUGGCGUGUUUGUGGCAGAUGAAGUGCAGACAGGUUUUGGGCGUGUGGGACAUCAUUUCUGGGCUUUUCAGCUUCAGGGAGACGGUUUCUGCCCAGACAUUGUGACCAUGGGCAAACCGAUGGGCAAUGGGCAUCCCCUGGCAUGCGUAGCAACCACUGCAGAGAUAGCUGGAGCUUUUACAGCCAACGGAGUGGAGUACUUCAAUACGUUCGGCGGGACUCCAGUUUCAUGUGCAGUUGGCCUAGCAGUCCUUGAUGUGAUCGUGGAGGAAGACUUAAGAGGAAAUGCUGUGAGGGUCGGAGCCCACCUUAAAGAUUUGCUCACAAAACUGAAAGCACGACAUGAAAUAAUUGGAGAUGUCAGAGGUGUUGGACUAUUUUUGGGAAUUGAGCUGGUGACCGACAGAGAGAAGAAGACUCCUGCCACAGAAGCUGCAGCGCAUGUGGUCAAGAGGUUGAAGGAGGAGGAUCAAAUAUGUGUCAGUACUGAUGGCCCAUGGGACAACGUCUUGAAGUUUAAGCCUCCCAUGUGCUUCGGCAUGGAGAAUGCAGAGCUGGUGGUGCAAUGUAUUGAUCGCAUCCUUACAGACAUGAAAGCCAGUGACCUCAAACUGGAAAAGGAAGACAUCUAAGAUCAUACCAGUCACCUCUCUGAUGACACCCCACAGACUGGAGGUAAACACUACAAGCCACAACAUAUCAUUGCCACCUGGGAAAUGUAGUCGACCAGAAGAUGACAUUUUGAAAUUCCACACUUUUAUAAUACAAAAUAAAUAAAUUAAAGAAAAUAUUGACAAAUAAA